GAAAGGCAUUCGCAUGGGGUCGUAACGUCUUGCCACCUUAUUGGCCCUCGUGAAGCCGCGUCGUAUAGCGGAAGAAGCGGCUUGAAGACGACAUGGCCAAGCCCGUGGACUAUGCGUCGACAUGGCUCUACCGCGUGCUGUACACGUCCCUCUACCCGCUCCUCGUAACCUGGUUUGACUGGACAGUCCAAGGGCACGAGCAUCUACCCAAGGACACGUCGACGAAGAUCCUUUUUGUGGGCUACCACACGACACACAACUGGGACGUCCUCAUGAUGGCGAUGGCGAUCAAGGAUGCUUUGGGCGAGCCGCCAGUUGGGCUCAUGCACUCGGCCUACGUGGCGCUCAGCCCGUGGGUGUCGUACCUUGGCGGCGUCGAGGGCACGCGCGCUAAUGCCGCCGACGCCUACCAGCGUGGCCAUCGCGCCUGCCUCGUGCUACCAGGUGGUGUGGAAGAAGCCGUCGCGGGGUUUGAAAAUGCCUACACCGUCAACUGGAAGUCGGCGUCGGGACGCGACCGGACGGGGUUUGCCGAGGUCGUCCUGCAAGCCGGCGGGGUCAUUGUGCCCGUCGUCGUGCAGAACGCCCAAGAAAUGUGCUUUAGCCCCGUCUUUUUCCUGAGCAACGUCUCGGGUCUCUCGCGCGUCUACGAUACGCUCAUGACGCUACCGCUUGGCAUUGGUUGGUUCCUCUGGCAGCUCAAGCAAGUGCUGUGGCUGCUCUUCUCUUUUGGAUCGAGCAUUCCGCUGCCCGUGAAAGCAACGCUCAAGUUUGGCCCACCGCUGCAACCGCUUCAGCACGAGUCGGCGGCGGCGUUUGCCCACCGCGUUGCGUCGAGCUAUGCUGCGAUGCUAGCCACCGAGCAGCCCGGUGGUCUCAACUACACCCGCGCGCUCCAAGCACGGUUUGGUCGCUAACUCGUCUCUAGUAUCGGUACUAUGAUUUCUAUAAACACAACGAAAAUAUUUCCCUAAUCCCAGCGAACAUAUUCGAGGGAUCUUUCCGGGGAUCUUUACAAUUUGGA